CUUCCGAAGGACGAAGCCGAGCAGGGAAGGUCGUACUAUGCAGUUGAUAGAUUCGAAUAACGGGUCGGGUUGCGGAACCACAGUCCACUAAGAUGGAAGCAGGCUGAGGGUUGCUCGUGGGUUCCACAAGCCAUCCAUCUCAGAUCCAGCUACUGGCCCAGUGGAUUGUGGAGGCCCACCGGUCCCUAUUAGUUACAACAUUUCAAUUUACUACUGUUCUUUGUAGUUAAUUUCGUUUUAGUCCUUGUAUGACUCCUAUAAAUAGGGUCAGGACCAUGGAAACGGUUAUGAAUGGAUUACCAAUUGCUUCUACAUACUUCUAUUCUCUCUCCUCUUCCUCAUCUUCUUCUUCCUCCUCAGCUCCUCCCUCAGAUCUAUCUCUCCUUUUUCUCCAAGUACUUUACUCCAAUUUCCGUCAAUGGAGCUCGUCGAUCAAUCGUGAGCUAAAGAUCCAUCAUCUCCACUCAGCUCAACUCAGGAAAGCUUCAUCAUCGUUGAGUUGAGAGGAUCAGGUUGCAACAACUUGGUAUCAGAGCAGCUCCGAUCCUAGGGUAAGGAUAGUAGUAGUUCCACCAUUGGAUCCAGAUCAGAGAUCUGUAGAACCAAUACAGGAACAUAUAGCCUGCAAUCGGAUUCCGCUUGCAAAAGUGGGAUUAGAUUACAAAGGUUAGCUACUGUCCCAAGGAUCUAUGAAGUAGAAAAGCAUACCCUAGAAUUGUAGAGCGCAUCAGAUCUGAGAGAGAGUCGCCAUUGGGUCGAGUAGGCGCAACCGAUUCAAAUUUGUUACCAAAACUGCUGCGGCAAUGGCUGAGGGAACCAGAUUCAGAGUGCUCGAUGAGCAUGUACAAUCCUUGGAGCAACACUUGCAAGAAUUAGCCACUGGGAGUAACAAGAGAAUUGAUGAACUUCAUCUCAAAAUUGAAGCUAUGAGAAUGGAGGAACAAAGCCAUUAUGAAGCAUUGCGCAAGGAUUCAGCGAAUACCACCAAGAAAUUGGAGCAGUUCAUGGAGUUCAUUAUGAAUCAACAGCAACUAUCACCAUCUAAAGACACAGCAGGAUCGAUCACACAAGAGCGAGGUAUUUUACCAACUCCAAUGACUUCAAUUAAGGAAGAUAGUAAUUCAUGUCAGUGGCCUGCUAGAGCUAGUCAUCACUUACCUUUACCUCGAUUAGAAUUUCCACAUUUUAAUGGUGACAAUCCCCAGAAUUGGGUUAGGAGAUGUGAGAAGUAUUUUGAGAUUUAUGGGAUUAAGGAGCAUCAGAAACUGGAAGUAGCCACCAUGCAUAUGGAACCUAAAGUAGAUACUUGGUUCCAUGGUUAUAUAGCUGAGAAAGGGGUGGUGAGCUGGGAAAUAUUUGCACAGGAUGUUUGUAAGCGAUUCGAUUCCAAUGGUCUCCGAGAUGUUGUUGAGGAAUUUAACAAGUUAACCCAACAAGGCACUGUGGAAGAUUAUCAGGAGCAAUUCGAAUACCUUCGAUCAAGAUUAUUGCAGACUUCUUCACAGUUCUCCCCAGAUUAUUUCUUAUCGAGUUUCUUGAGUGGAUUGAAGGAGGAAUUAAAGUCAGCAGUAAAGAUGAUGUACCCCAAAUCUCUUAACCAAGCAUUCGAGUUAGCUCGGUUGCAGGAACAAAACAUAGCAGCAAUGAUGAGGAAGAACAAGGUGUGGCUUAGAACUCAAGGAGUUGCAACACUUUCUGACAACAGUAAGGGCAACAGUUCGGCAACAACCACUAAAGUAGUGGACACCACCAAGAACUAUGCCAGCAAGUCAGCUGCUGAAAGGUCACAGUCAAAUAGGCAAUUGUGGGAACAAAGGAAGGCUGCAGGGCUAUGCUUUAAGUGUGGCGACAAGUACUCAUUUGGGCAUCAAUGUAAGCAACAAACAGUGAAUACGAUGAAUGCGAUUGGAGAAGUAGCAGAAGUCUAUGAUGAAGAGUGUUUGAAAGAAGUAACUGAGAUGGAUGAACAGGAUGUAGAAGAGAAGGAGGAACUUGGAAUGUCUGUGCAUGCCUUAAGUGCAGAAAAUCUGGAGGAAACCAUAAAAAUCCAAGGGGAAGCAAAAGGGAAGGAUUUGGUUAUAUUAGUGGACACGGGAAGCACCCAUAGCUUCAUUGAUAUCAAUACUGCGAAGGAAAUCAAGGCCACUAUAACCACCACUUCCCCCCUGUUAGUAACCGUAGCAAAUGGGCAAAAGGUUUUGAGUAAACUUAAAUGUUUGGGAUUCAUAUGGAAAAUGCAUGGAGAAGUGUAUACUGCCGACCUGAGAGUGAUUAGAUUAGAAGGCUCGAGCAUGUUAUUGGGCAUUGACUGGUUGAAGGUUCAUGGACCAGUCACUUUCGAUUAUGAGCAAAACACAGUGUCUAUUAUGAAAGAUGGAAAGAAGGUGGAGCUUAAGGGAAUGGCAGAAAAGGCGAAACUCCGGAGUAUUACUGCCAAGCAAUGGCAACAAGAAUACUUAGAAGGAAAUUGUUGUGCAGUGGCUCAACUAUCCAGCAAGAGAGAUGAACAGAUCAACAUCCCUGUUGAAAUUCAAGAAGUCCUACAGCAGUUUGAGGAUGUAUUCCAAGAGCCACAAGGACUGCCACCUGUUAGACCACAGGAUCAUCGGAUACCUUUGCAAGUGGGAGCACAACCUGUAAAUAUCAGACCAUAUAGAUAUAGUUACGAGCAGAAAAAUGAAAUAGAGAAAUUGAUCAAGGAAAUGCUCACCUCGAAGGCAAUCCAACCGAGCAACAGUCCAUAUGCAUCUCCAGUGUUGCUAGUUAAAAAGAAGGAUGGGAGUUGGAGAUUUUGUGUGGAUUAUCGGCAAUUAAACCGACUUACCAUCAAGGAUAAGUAUCCGAUACCCAUAAUUGAGGAUUUGUUGGAUGAGUUGGGAGGGUCUACACUCUUUUCGAAAAUUGACUUACGGUCGGGUUAUCAUCAAAUAAGAAUGUGCCCAGAGGAUAUUCCGAAAACGGCAUUCCGAACUCACGACGGUCACUACGAGUUUCGAGUCAUGCCUUUCGGCCUCACCAACGCUCCCGCGACCUUCCAAGCAACUAUGAAUGAGGUAUUUGCUCCUUUGCUCCGCAAGUAUGUACUCAUAUUUUUUGAUGAUAUCCUGGUUUACAGCAAGUCCCUUGAAGAACAUGUCAUUCAUUUGGAGGUUGUACUCCAAAUCUUGAGAAAGAAUCAACUUUAUGCAAAGAGGUCUAAGUGUUUUUUUGGGCCAUUUGAGAUCCUGGAGAAAAUCGGACCCGUGGCAUACCGGCUACAGCUCCCGGAAGGUUCUCGUAUUCACCCUGUUUUCCAUGUUUCUUUGCUAAAGAAAAGUCCCCCAAGCGGACAACCCACAUCUCCUAAUGCGCCUCCAACUGGUGAAGAAGAACAACUGCAUGUUAAGCCGAUAGAGAUACUAGAUCGUCGCUCAAUACGCCGGGGAAAUAAAGCAGUGACCCAAGUUUUGGUGAGGUGGAGCCAUCUUCCUGAAGACAGAGCAACCUGGGAGGAUUAUUGGUCGUUAAAGGAGCAAUUUUCCGAUUUUGAUCCUUGAGGACAAGGAUAGCUUUGAAGGGGAAGGGAUUGUAAUGGCGGAGCUUCCGAAGGACGAAGCCGAUUGUAAUGGCGGAGCUUCCGAAGGACGAAGCCGAGCAGGGAAGGUCGUACUAUGCAGUUGAUAGAUUCGAAUAACGGGUCGGGUUGCGGAACCACAGUCCACUAAGAUGGAAGCAGGCUGAGGGUUGCUCGUGGGUUCCACAAGCCAUCCAUCUCAGAUCCAGCUACUGGCCCAGUGGAUUGUGGAGGCCCACCGGUCCCUAUUAGUUACAACAUUUCAAUUUACUACUGUUCUUUGUAGUUAAUUUCGUUUUAGUCCUUGUAUGACUCCUAUAAAUAGGGUCAGGACCAUGGAAACGGUUAUGAAUGGAUUACCAAUUGCUUCUACAUACUUCUAUUCUCUCUCCUCUUCCUCAUCUUCUUCUUCCUCCUCAGCUCCUCCCUCAGAUCUAUCUCUCCUUUUUCUCCAAGUACUUUACUCCAAUUUCCGUCAAUGGAGCUCGUCGAUCAAUCGUGAGCUAAAGAUCCAUCAUCUCCACUCAGCUCAACUCAGGAAAGCUUCAUCAUCGUUGAGUUGAGAGGAUCAGGUUGCAACAAAUUACUAUUAAUGAUGUGU